AUGCAACAGGAGAUGCAUAAAAAAAAGAUUGAAGAACUUAUUUUAAAUAAACAAAAUGUUAAAAAUAAAAAUUUACGUUUACAAAGAAAAGUACAAAUAGAAGUUGAUCGUCCAGAACAACUUUAUAAACAAUUAAGUGAAAAUGAACAAUCACUUAUAAUGAAUGACGAACGAGCUUCAAAUAACAAAAUAAAAUCCUCUUCAAAACACGCAUAUCAAACAAAAACAAGUUAA